AUGGGAGUUAAUUUAUCAUUGAAUAAAAACAAGAGAAAAAAAAUAAUAGGUGAAAAUCAUGAGAGCGAUAUUAGUAGCGAACAAGUGCAAAAAUUUAAAUAUAUUGGAGGUCGAAAAUAUUACGAUCCUAAUGUUGCACCAUAUGCAUUUCCCACGGAUAUCGAAGAGGUUGAUCGAUUACAUCAACAACAUUUUGCGCUCACACACAUUUGUGGAGGAAACUACACGGCUCCGAUUCAUGAUAUAAUAAAACCUGAAAGUAGGAUAUUGGACUUGGGUUGUGGUCCAGGCCAAUGGACACUAGAGAUUGCACAAGAAUUUCCAUAUGCACAAGUAUUCGGGAUCGACAUAAACGCGAGUUUCCCAACUUUGAUUAAGCCGUUGAAUUCGCAUUUUAUAGUUGGUGAUGUCACGGAAGGCCUACCUUGGGAAGACAACUAUUUUGAUUUUAUUUGGAUAAGAUAUUUGUUUUGUGCAAUUAAGGAUACAGAUUGGCAAAAUUUAUAUCACGAGAUUAAACGUGUGUUAAAACCUGGAGGAAUACUUGAACAUCAUGUGAUGGGAUUGGUAGCGGUAAAUCCUGGUCCGAAUUUUAAAGAAUGUCAAAAAUAUACCGAAGCAGGAUUCAUUUCACGUGGUCUUAACAUAAAAUUGGCAUGUCAACUAAGUGAGCGAGUUACAAUGGCGGGAUUCGAAGACGCACAGUCAUCAUGUAUAUCUAUAGCACUCGGAAAACAAGGGGGUCAAAUUGGAGAAAUAUGGGCAACGAAUUCAAAAGAAUGUUAUCUCGGUAUGAAACCUUGGCUCGUGGAAUUCACUGGUUUUACAGAAGAUGAGUACGAAUCAGUAAUUCGAUAUAUUUUCGAUUAUGAAGUUGACGAGUAUAAU